AUGCUCGUCAAUGCGGCCUUUGCGCUCACCACCAUCGGCCAGUUCGCUCUUGUGCUCCUCAUCGCAACCUUCUUGCUCUCGCACACCGUCUACAAACGCAGCCCUGUCUUGUUGAACCUCCUCGCCAUCUGCCUACUCGGCACAGUCCCUCAGUUUUUCCUGAUGUACGCCGGGGAAAUCUAUAGCCCGAACCCCCCAGCUGGCUUAUGUGUAACUCAAGCAGCCUUACUAGAAGGUGUCCAAUGCACGUUCGCUGCUGUAUCCUUGUCCCUGGUGAUCGACCUUCUGGCCGAGUCACAAAUGAUCCCUUCGAAGAAUCCGAAAUCCAACCACCUCCGGAUGACGCUGGUCGUGAUCCCAUAUAUCGUCUUCCUCGUAUUCGUAUCUGGGGUCGCCGCGUUCGGCGCCGCGCACCCAGACCAAGUCAGGCACAUGCCCAACGAUCUAGCAUGCUCCCUGCAGAACCCCGCGUUCAUUACGACCGCACAGAUUUUCAUAGCCGUCAUCGUAGUCAUCACCCUCACCCUCGAAAUGUACGCCAUCGUCCACUCCCUCGCGACGCGGAGACACCUGCCCACCUGGCGCCUCCCGCGACUCCUGAGCUUCUCCCAGGCCGCGCGCAUCGUCGCCUUCACCUGUCUCCAGGCACUGCUCCUCAUCCUCAGUACAUUGCGCACCUACGUCGGUAGCGACUCUGUACGCAUCGCCACCAUCCUUCUGCAAGCCCUGAUGCCUCUCACGACGUUCUCCAUCUUCGGCCUCACGUCGGACUGCUGCCAGCUGUGGAAAAACAAGGUUCAGCCCACCUUCUCAAGGAGGCGGCGGGGCGCUCGGUCGGCAGACUCGCCCUCCCUGCCAUCGGCAGUAGUGAUCACGAUCACGGUUGUGAAAGAGAUGCACGAGUCGGAGGACGCGUGCGAGUCCAUGAAACCCAGACUUUUCCCGUUCGAUUCAGAGAUCUUCCCGUGUUGA